AUGCAAAUAUUUGUGAAAACACUCACGGGUAAAACCAUCACAUUGGAAGUAGAGCCCAGUGAUACUAUCGAAAAUGUUAAGGCUAAGAUUCAGGAUAAGGAGGGAAUUCCACCUGAUCAACAACGACUGAUUUUUGCUGGUAAGCAACUAGAAGACGGCCGCACUCUGUCAGACUACAAUAUUCAAAAAGAGUCUACUUUGCAUUUGGUGUUGAGAUUACGCGGUGGAGACUAA